AUGUCCACUCCCAUACGCCUAAAUCAGCCUAAAAACCAUAGCAUACGCCUUCUCCAACUACUACCUGGCGACCCAGAAUCACAACUCGAAUGUCACCUCAUCGACGUGUUUCUUAAAACCUCACCGCCAUAUGAAGUGCUAUCGUACACCAGCGACUCCCCCGCCACGGACUCAAUCCUCAUCGAUGACCAACCCACACCAAUCUCCCUCAAUCUCGCGCUCGCGCUCCGAAGUCUGAGGGUCGACAUCACGAAGCCUACCAUCAAGCGACAGAAAGACCCAGAAGCACACGUCAAAUGGGCGCAGCCCGUCGCAACCGUCGUCAAGAAGAAAACGCCACUAACGAAACGGUAUGGACCGCGAAUGCUGUGGGUGGAUACGCUUUGUCUCGACCCAACGAGUGAAACUCCUGCACCGGAACUUACUAAAGCUGUGCACGCAAAAGCUACGAGUGUAAUCGCGUGGCUGGGCGCGGGCGAUGUCUCGGCAGCUAUUGCAGCGAUGGAUUUCGUGCACUUUCGAUUCCUGCCUGAUGUCAAGGAGUUGGAGCAGGCGAUGCAGGACCAGGGGCGUGAGGAUGUUUGGGCGGCGCUACGUCGUGUCUUUGAGAGUCCGUGGUGGGCGCAAGGAGGGUUCAUGAAGGAAUUAGCGAAGGGGAAGGCGGUGGUUAUGCGGUUUGGGGAGAGGGAGGUCGAUAGGAAGAAAAUCCUGAAAUUCGCGACGUGGUACGGGAAACAAGACGAGGGAGGUGAAGGGUGUGGGGAGGAGGGAUUUGGGGAGAUCGUCAAGAGUUAUAGAGAGCAUCAGGAAGCGGGAUGA